GGGUGCUCAGCUUAGCUCACCGCCUCACCCUCCCUAUCUCUCUAUCUCCAGUCCACCUCCUGCUCCGGCGACGGCGAGGCAGCUGAGCCGAGGAAAGGAGCCCAAGCAGCAGCAGCAGCAGCACCUAGCUGCCAUGCCUUCCCUGGACCCAUCCACAGGAUCGAGCAAGAUGCCCGCUGUGGCUGCCUACCCGGCCAAGAUGGCCUGCUGCCUCCAGCUCCGCCUCCUCCGCCGCCCUGCCCCUGCCCCACCCCCACCUCGUAUCCUCCUCCUCCUCCCGCCCCCGCGCCUCCGUCCCGUCCGAGCGUCUCCCGGCUCGCCCUCGCCCAACUCCUUCGCUGGCUGGUCCUCCGACGGCGCGGACGGCGACGGCGGCGACCAAUCUCCUUUAGGGUUCGGGAAAGCAGGAGGGCUUCUAGGACCUGGGCUUGCUGCCUUUUUCUUCCUUGCUGGUCUUACCUUUGCUGCAGUCUCCAUCAGAAGCAGCACCAACUCCGCAGCGGGGAAAAUGCAAAACUUGUCUUCGGAUAGCGCUACCACGGAAUCUUACUCGGAUUAUGAUUCCCGCGAUGACAAUUCUAUCAGGGAAGGUGCCCAGGCUUCCUUACCAACUGAUUGCAAGGAUGACAACGAAGGCCUCGACAAGGGAAAUGGUACAGAUGAGUUACUGACGCCUCUAGAAUCAAACGAGAUAACGGGGGAGCCAGCUGAAUGUGAAAUGGAGCUCCCACUGCAAAACACUGAGCAUGCUACUAAUGGCAGCCACAUUGUCAGUGAAGAAGCGCAUCAGUUUGACAAUCUCGUUGCUUCAGAUGGUACUCAAAGUCCGACAUCACCUCCUCCUUUGCCCAUCUCAGCUGAAUAUGCUCAGGAUGCUUAUGUAUCAUCUACAAAACUUGAUGAUGCAGGCCUCUCGGAGGGAAUUCCUAAUCUAGAAGCAACAUCAGAUCCCAAAAUCACUUUGCCAGAAAACCAGCAUCUGGAUGAAACUUUGACUUCAGAUGUGAUGGUUCUAGAUUCAGAUGAUGCUGUGCCCAUCCAAGAAAUCUCUAGCGGUGCCGCUGUGGUUGCAUCUCAGCCAGACAACAAAGGCAUCGAGCAGAAUCCAGAAAUUCAUAACAAAGAUGAAGCUUAUCCAUCCAUAUUGCCUGAUUAUAUGGAACAUGUAAGUGCCGAUGGAAUGCUUCCACCUGGCUCGGAUGAUUUACGCAUGGGGAGUAGCGAGCCAGGAGACGGGGAGGAAAUUUUAGCAAAGGAUCUAUAUAGAAGGGAAAGUGAAUUAGAAAACCAAAACAAACAAUUCAAGGCCACACCUGCUGAGCAAUCUUUUUCUUCUGCUGGAGUUCCUGCUCCGUCUCUAGUAUCCACUGCUUCAAAGGGGCCUGCUGGGCAAAUUGUGGUUCCAGCUUCUGUUGACCCAACCCAGGAAAAUGCAGUAGCUGCACUGCAAAUUCUAAAGGUGAUUGAACCCAGUAUUGGCGCUGGUGACCUGUGUACCCGACGUGAGUAUGCUCGAUGGCUGGUAGUUGCAAGCAAUUGCCUUUCAAGGGCCACUUUCUCAAAAGUGUAUCCAGCAAUGUAUAUUGAUAAUGUCACUGAACUUGCAUUUGAUGAUGUGACACCUGAAGAUCCUGAUUUUCCUUUUAUACAAGGCUUAGCAGAAGCUGGAUUGAUUUCUAGCAAGCUUUCGAGAUCUGAUAUGAAUACUCUAGAAGAUCUUCAGGAUAAUCAUAACUUGUUUUGUCCCGAGAGUCCUCUGUCACGUCAAGACCUUGUGAGUUGGAAAAUGGCCCUGGAUAAGAGGCAACUACCUGAAGUUGACAGAAAUUCGUUGUUCAAAGCAUCUGGUUAUAUAGACAUUGAUAAGAUACACACAGCUGCCUGGCCUGCUUUGGUAGCUGACUUGGGUGCUGGAGACCAGAGCAUUACAGCUCUUGCCUUUGGUUUUACAAGACUUUUCCAACCGGGCAAACCUGUCACAAAAGGACAAGCUGCCCUAGCAAUUUCAACUGGUGAUUCCGCUGAGGUGGUUCUGGAGGAGGUUGCUCGUAUUGAGGCUGAGAAAAUAGCUGAAGCAGCUGUAAAUGCACAUGCUGCAUUGGUUGCUCAAGUUGAGAAAGAUCUUAAUGCAAGUUUUGAAAUGGAUCUUAAAAAGGAAAGAGAAAAGGUAGAGACCCUUGAAAGAUUAGCUGAAGAAGCAAGGAUUGAACUUGAUAGAUUGAGAGCAGAAAGAGAAGAGGAAAAGAACAUUCUGUUCAGGGGCAGAGCUGCUAUUGAAUCUGAAAUGGAAGUUCUAUCAAAGUUGAGGAGUGAAGUAGAGGAACAGCUGCAGAGUGUACUGAGCAAGAAGGUGGAGAUCUCAUUUGAGAAGAGUAGGAUUGAAAAACUCCAAAAGGAAAUAGAGAAUGAAAACUUGGCUGUUGUGCAACUUCAAUAUGAGCUUGAAGUGGAGAGGAAGGCAUUAUCUAUGGCCAGGGCUUGGGCGGAAGAGGAAGCGAAAAAAGCUCGGGAGCACGCACGGGCCCUUGAGGAGGCCCGGAACCAAUGGGAACGUCAAGGAAUCAAAGUUGUUGUUGAAGAAGGACUUGAGGAGGAUGCUUCAGCUGGAGUCACAUGGGCUAACGCUGGCAAAGAACAUCCAGUUGAUGAAGCUAUCAACCGGGCAGAAUCUUUGCUGGAGAAGCUAAAGUCAAUGUCUGCUGAGAUGAAAGUGCGGUCUCAUGGUGCACUGGAGAGAGUGAUGCAACACGUGAGGUCCUUUAUUGCAAGCCUAAAGCAGCAAGCGGCAGAUGCAAGGCACUGGUGUACUGAGUUUGGGACUGCUGCUGCUUCGAAGGCAAACAAGGUAUCAGCAGAAGUGCAGGAUAGUGUAUACACAUUUGGUUCAACCAUGGGUGACAAGUCGAAGAGGGUAAUGGAAGACUGCAAGGAGGGCCUAGAGAAGUUUUCGCAUAGAUUCAAGACGGACUAGAAGCUGUGUCAUCUCUUUACCAAGAAUAGUGGAGCGGUAGGAGCUGUGCCGCUGGAUGAGGAAGAACAAUUGUAAUUCCCUUUGAAUAAAUUUGGGGUACAUGAAAGCAUGACCAUGUUGUGCACAGUAAAUAAUGAUUCAGACAUUGAGGAAAGUCCUUUCAAUCAUUGUUCAGCGUAAAUAACCAAUUUCAUACAA